GUUGGGGUGGGUCACAUGGGGUGGGUCACAGUGCAGUCUCUGGCCAAGAGGAUGGGGUGGCUCCCACUCCUGCUGCUUCUGACUCUAUUCUUGGAGGCCCCUGGGCAGCGCUCGCCACUGAAUGACUUCCAGGUGCUUCGGGGCACAGAGCUGCAGCACUUGCUACAUGGAGUGGUGCUUGGGUCUUGGCAGAAAGAUGUAGUAGAUGCUGAAGAGUGUGCUAAGCUCUGUGGGCCCCUCCUGGACUGCCGUGCCUUUCACUACAACAUGAGCAGCCUCAGCUGCCAACUGCUCCCAUGGACCCAGCACUCGCCUCACACAGGGCUGCAGCGUUCUGCAGGCUGUGAUCUCUUCCAGAAGAAAGACUAUGUUCGGACAUGCAUUAUGGACAAUGGCGUCAGGUACCGGGGCACUGCAGCCAAGACAGUGGCUGGCCUGCCCUGCCAAAGCUGGAAUCACAGGUUCCCCAAUGACCACAAGUAUAAACCCACACUCAGGAAUGGCCUGGAAGAAAACUUCUGUCGCAAUCCUGACAGGGACCCCAGAGGUCCUUGGUGCUACACAACAGACCCUACAGUGCGCUUCCAGAGCUGUGGCAUCAAGUCUUGCAGGGAGGGUGCCUGCAUUCGGUGCAAUGGUGAGGAUUAUCGUGGUUCAGUGGACCACACAGAGUCAGGACUUGAGUGCCAGCGCUGGGACCUGCAGCACCCGCACGUGCAUCCCUUUGAGCCUGCCAAAUUCCUGGACAAGGAUCUAGAUGACAACUACUGCCGGAAUCCUGAUGGUUCUGAGCGGCCCUGGUGCUACACCACAGACCCACAGCUUGAGCGAGAAUUCUGUGAUCUCCCCAGCUGUGGGUUGGAGGCACAACCACAUCACGAGGCCAGGACUUUCCACUGCUUCCGAGGGAAGGGUGAGGGCUACCGGGGACUCGCCAACACCACCACCACGGGCGUGCCCUGCCAGCAUUGGGAUGCGCAGAGCCCACACCAGCACAGAUUCCUGCCAGAGAAAUAUGUGUGCAAGGACCUCCGGGAAAACUUCUGCCGGAACCCUGAUGGCUCGGAGGCGCCCUGGUGCUUCACAUCCCGGCCUGGUAUGCGGGUUGCCUUCUGCUACCAGAUACCGCGCUGCACCGAUGACAUUCGCACAGAGGACUGCUACCAUGGCUCAGGGGAGCAGUACCGAGGCUUUGUCAACAAGACCCGCAAGGGUGUCCCAUGCCAGUCCUGGUCUGCACAAAGCCCACACAAGCCACUAUUCACACCCACCUCUGCCCCAUAUGCUCAACUGGAGGAAAACUUCUGCCGGAACCCAGAUGGGGAUAGCCAUGGGCCCUGGUGCUACACUACUGACCCAGGGACCUCCUUCGACUACUGUGCCCUGCAACGCUGCAAUGAUGACCCACCAAAGUCCAUCCUGGACCCACCAGACCAGGUGCAGUUUGAGAAGUGUGGCAAGAGGGUGGACAGGCCAGACCAGUGGUUCUCCAAGCUACGCAUAGUGGGGGGCCAUCCUGGGAACUCACCUUGGACAGUCAGUUUGCACAACAGGCAAGGUCAGCAUUUCUGCAGUGGGUCCCUAGUGAAGGAGCAGUGGGUACUGACAGCCCGGCAAUGCUUCUCAUCCUGCCAUGCACCUCUCACGGGAUAUGAGGUGUGGCUGGGUACCCUGUUCCAGAACCCACAGCCUGGCGAGCCUGGCCUGCAGCAGGUCCCAGUGGCUAAGAUGGUAUGUGGGCCCUCAGAUUCCCAGCUUGUCCUGCUCAAGCUGGAGAGACCUGUGACCCUAAACCAGCGAGUGGCCCUGAUCUGCCUGCCCCCUGAGCGCUAUGUGGUGCCUCCAAGAACCACGUGUGAGAUUGCAGGCUGGGAUGAGGCCAAAGGUACAAGUCAUGACAGGGUCCUAAAUGUGGCCUUGCUGAAUGUCAUCUCCAACCAGGAGUGUAACAUCAAACACCGAGGGCGUGUACGAGAAAGUGAGAUGUGUACCAGGAAACUGACGGCCCCUGUAGGAGCCUGUGAGGGUGACUACGGGGGCCCACUUGCCUGCUUUACCCAUGACUGCUGGGUCCUGGAGGGAAUUAUAAUCCCCAACCGAGUAUGUGCACGGCCUGGAUGGCCAGCCAUCUUCCUGCGUGUCUCUGUGUUUGUGGACUGGAUUCAGAAGGUCAUGCAGCUGGGUUAGGCCUGGCCUUUGUCCCUUGCCUUGAGGAGGACAAAACUUCCUACCAGAGAUAAAGCCACCUUUCCUCUUUA